AUGGCAAAUGACUGUGCAUCGACCGCUGCAGUGGCUACUCCAGCGACGAUGUCCUCGCCGCGCCCUCAUGCAAAGUACUGGCUGGAUGACGGGUCGCUUGUGAUUCGGACGCAGAACGAUCUCUUCAAGGUGCAUCGCACCCUCCUCGUCCGCCAUUCCAUUGUUCUGUCCUCGCUGUCCGAUGGGGUACAGACGGUAGAAGAUAUCGAUGGAUGUCCCAUCGUGCACAUUCCGGACGAGCUAGGCGUACAGAGCGCCGACCUGGAGGCGCUGCUCGAGCACCUUUACCACGACAUACCAUUGGAUACGGAUGCGCCGUUCCCUCGCGUCGCUGCCGUCCUGCGCGCAACGUCCAAGCGGCAGCUAGACUUCCCUGCAAUUCACGAGCUUGCACGGAGACGGCUCGAGGGCAUGCUGCCAAGUGGACCUGAGGCGUUUGUUCAUCCGCCUGAUCCAGAUGUAGCGCUCACGCUAGCAGUCGAGCAUAACUUGCAUUCCAUCCAGAAGGCGCUAUUUUACAGCUUGGCUACCAACUCCAAUCUGGAGCACGACGACCCGGAUGGCGCUUCGACACCAGGCAUCAUAGGCGUAGACUCUGGCUCGGGGGAUCCACGGCCAAACCUCUCCCCCGCUCUGGCGGAUCAGUGCAAGGCGCUGCUGAACGAGCUCAUUGCCCAUUUCACACCCAUCCUCUUUACCGUGGCGACCGCGCACCACAUGGCGUGUACAGACGUGUUCGCGGAGGCGUGGAUGCCGCUCGUGAUCCAACCCGCGCUUGAGAGCAACGGCCUCUGUCGCCCGCUUGAGACACUGGAGACGAUCAUCAAACUUGACUGGCAUGCAGAGGGCCUUUGUCAAGAGUGCGUGGAGGAGAAAACGGCGGAGUGGAGGGAUGAGCAGCGGGUAGUCUGGGAGAAAAUGGAUGAGUGGUUGGGUCUGUCUGGGAAGAGCUGA